AUGAACCUUGGAGGAGAGCCUGAGAAGCCGGCGCUAGAGCAGUACGGCGUGGAUCUGACUGCAAAAGCACUCGCAGGCAAGCUUGAUCCAGUCAUCGGACGAGACCAGGAGAUUCAUCGAACCAUUCAAAUCCUGAGCAGGAGGACGAAAAACAAUCCUGUGCUCAUUGGUUCCGCCGGGACAGGCAAGACUGCGAUCCUGGAGGGUUUGGCCCAACGAAUUAUCAAAGGCGACGUUCCGGAGUCCAUCAAGGAAAAGCGUGUUAUCAGCCUGGAUCUCGGAUCACUCAUCGCUGGAGCGAAGUUUAGAGGGGAUUUCGAGGAGCGACUGAAGAAAGUUCUGAAGGAAGUCGAAGAUGCAAAAGGCGGCGUCAUCCUCUUCGUUGACGAGCUGCACACCUUGCUCGGACUCGGCAAAGCAGAAGGCAGUAUCGAUGCCAGCAAUCUGCUAAAACCAGCACUAUCUCGCGGAGAACUGCAGCUGUGUGGCGCUACAACUCUAACCGAAUACCGCCAAGUUGAGAAAGACGCAGCGUUGGCGAGGCGUUUCCAGCCGAUCCAGGUCGGUGAGCCUACAGUUCAAGAUACAAUUUCGAUCCUUCGAGGCAUCAAGGAGCGCUAUGAACUUCAUCAUGGCGGCAUUCGCAUCACCGAUGGAGCAUUGGUCGCAGCGGCUGUAUACAGUAAUCGCUACAUAACCGACCGGUUCUUGCCAGACAAGGCAAUAGAUCUGGUCGAUGAGGCUGCUAGCGCCCUACGAUUACAGCAAGAGAGCAAGCCCGAUGCCAUCCGAGAGCUGGAACGCUCUAUUAUGACGAUACAGAUCGAGCUAGAGUCUCUCCGCAAAGAGACGGACAUCGCGAGCAAGGAGCGGCGAGAGCAGCUCGAGCGGAAUCUGACGUUGAAGCAAGAUGAGCUUGGGGCACUGACGGAAGCUUGGGAGAAGGAGCGUGCCGAGCUUGAAGAARUCAAGCAAGGAAAGGAGGCCCUUGAACAGGCGCGGAUCGAUCUCGACCAGGCCCAGCGGGAGGGCAAUUUUGCUCGAGCCAGUGAACUCCGCUAUGCUCGUAUUCCGGAACUGCAGGCAAAGUUGAAUGAGGGCGCAGAUGGAAGCUCCAUUGCUGGCUCCACCAAGGACGCCCUCGUGAAAGAUGCGGUUGGGCCAGACGAAAUCUCGGCGGUAGUUGCGAGGAUGACCGGCAUUCCGGUCAGCAAGCUCAUGGCAGGGGAACUUGAGAAGUUGGUGCAUAUUGAGGACACACUCCGCCAGUCUGUAAGAGGACAGGAUGAUGCACUCCACGCCGUCGCCAAUGCAGUGCGUCUUUCCAGGGCAGGCCUGAGUGGAGAUCAAAGACCUCUUGCGAGUUUCAUGUUCUUGGGACCAACAGGCGUUGGCAAAACAGAGCUGUGCAAGCGCCUAGCUGGCUUUCUCUUCAGCACUGAGACAGCUCUUAUCCGCUUCGACAUGAGUGAAUACCAAGAAAAGCACACGGUAUCCAGACUCAUCGGCGCGCCAGCUGGAUAUGUUGGAUAUGAAGAUGCAGGUCAACUCACCGAGGCGGUACGAAGGAAGCCAUACGCUGUGCUGCUAUUUGAUGAGUUCGAGAAAGCGCAUCGCGACAUCUCUACGCUUCUCCUCCAAGUCCUUGACGAGGGUUUCUUGACAGACGCUCAAGGAAGGAAGGUCGACUUCCGCAACACCAUGAUUGUGUUCACAUCCAAUCUUGGAGCUGACGUGUUGAUGGCGGAGGGUAGCGUAGACUCCAAUUCCGCGAUUUCGCAAGAGGCUACGAAUCAAGUGAUGGAUGUUGUAACAUCCUCAUUCGCGCCAGAGUUCAUCAACCGCAUCGACGAAUUCAUCGUAUUCAAGAGACUAUCCAAAGAUGCCUUGCGUGACAUUGUCGACAUUCGGCUGCGUGAGUUACAAGGACGCCUGGACGAUCGACGCAUCUCGCUGGACGUAGGAGAUGAUGUCAAGAUGUGGCUAUGCGACAAAGGAUACGAUCCACGCUAUGGCGCUCGACCUCUCAAUCGACUCAUUCAGAAAGAAAUAAGCAAUAGUCUUGCGAACACAAUCAUCAGGGGCACGGUAAAGAGCGGCGACAAAGCCAGAGUUGUAAUCAAGGACGGGGGUGAGCAUUUGGAAGUUGUGCCUUCUUGA